UAAUCAUUCUACCAUAUUAGUUAAGCUGGAGUAUGGAGCCUACAGAUGUGGAUUCUAGUGAGGAAGACUAUGAAGGGCAUAAGAACAAUACAGAUAAAGACUCUAACAGCAAAGGUAGCCAAACCACAAAAACUUUAGUGAAGGGUAAAUGGUUUGAGAUUGCUGUCGUAGCCUUCCUGACAUUCAUAGCUUUAUUGUUUUUGGCUACUGUUGUACUACUAAUUGUACUGGUAAUUCAAGAGCAAACAGUUGAAGAUCUACAGAACAAACCAGAUUGCACAUGUGAGACAUUGGUCAACAUUCAAGAGCUGCAACAAAACAUUUCUGAUUUGAACAGUAGAGUUUCUGCAUUGCAAGCCAACAACACAGAGCAAGCAGUGCAGCUUCAGUCUCUUGAAACUACUCGAACAGAUCAAGGAAAUAAAAUAGUAGUGAACAAUGAGCGAAUAGAAAGGAUUUUAGAGGUUUUUGCUGCACUGGAUGAGACGGUGGAUGAACAAGAAGAGAGAGUUAACUCGAGCAUCAGGGACAUAGGACAGAAGUUGGAGACGAUUCAAGAAGCUACUGCUGUGGCUUUUGCUGCACUGGAUGGAAAGGUAGCUGAACAAGAAGAGCGACUGAACUCGAGCAUCAGAAACAUAGGACAAAAGUUGGAAACGAUUCAAAAAGCUACUGUUGCAAACACAAAUCAAAUUAGUAUCCUCAAUGCGACGAUAAGAGAUGCAUACGACCUCGUAGCUAACGUUACUAGAUUAUUCGUGGAGAGUGAGCUACUAGAAGCAUAGCUGCGUUCAGUGAAUACAAGUGUACAACUACAGGGUGCAAGUAUAGAGAAACUAAGAGUGGAUACUUCAAGAAAUAUUUCUGAGGUGAGGGAGAGGACACAAGACUCACUCGAUGUCAUUAGAAAAGAAGUUAUUCGCAACACUAAUGAACUUAACGUCGCAAGAACAAAUCUGAGCAGAAGAAUAGAUGAAGUGGAGAGUGCACAAGACACAAAGACAGCCUUGCAGAGUCAACAUAAUGCAAGUAUUAGCAAUCUUGAGAAUGAAGUCGAUGAUUUAAAAAGUUCACGGAUAGCUGCGGUUGCUUCAUUUGCAAUUAUUAUAGCUGUAAUUAUUGCCUUCUUGAUAGUGAUGCUUUGCAUUCAUUAUGCAUAUAAAUUAAAGCAGUAGAAACAGAGUCCAGAAUAUGUGCAUACCCUCAAAACAUUGAGUUAGCAAUUAAUUAUCUGUCAAUUAUUGUUGUUCCCUUCCUUGACCACAAUGAGUAUCAAAUACACCUGUAAUGUCAAUGAUAAAAAAAUCAUAUCCUCCUAAAUAAGAGAGACAUCAUUAUUGUGAAUACGCUUAUCACACGUGACACACCUAUUAUCUGUGGUGCAGGGCAACGCCCAACAAACAAGUCCUAGGAGAUACAAUGGUGACCAACUAAACAAGCACAUGCAAGAAAAGUCUUUCAACGAAAACCGCACAAAAAUGAGUGAGUACGAUGACUUAGCAGUAUGUCAUUUGACUUUUGGCUCAAAGCGGAGAAAACAAUAAUUAUAUGCAUGCAUGCAUGCAAUACAUUUUUGUAUUAUUUAUCUAUAUUGUGUUUCUGUCCAGGUUGGUGAGUUUUACAAAACCUACUACACAUAUUUGGUUUUCACGCAAGUGUGACUAUUGUGGCAAAUAUCACAAAAUGACAUUUUCCACAAUAGUCAUCGACUUUGAGUGAAACCACACAGUGUAGUACUACAAUAAAACACUGACACGCCUUUUUAAAAUUCUAGUCCAGAUACUAGCCUCGAUUCCAGGCCGCUAAAAGAGGGCCUGGUAUCGACUGUUUGCGCAUGCGCCACCUAUUACCCAGAAAGUGGGUAAUUCGGAUACCAUUGUAUUUUGCUCAGUAAAAUAAUGACGUCACAACGAACGGAAGUGGAUUGAAGAAAGUGGAUAGAAGUGUGAUUGUAGCCCGUGUGAUAGCAUUCUAAUAGCUACCCUUAGCCUACUAUGUUAGCAAAGGACUCACAGCCUGCAACAGUGUGGAUAACAAUCCUCUGAACGGAGGGGAAGGCUGACAAUAGCCUAUAUGGAUAGGCCACGCCCAUCUGACACUAACCUUGGUGAAAGUCGACUCUAUCAGAAAGAAAUUGCUGCUGUAACCAAUACAGCUCUGUCUUUAGCUAGCUAGCUAUAUUGCUCUGUGUCUGACUUUAUGAAGAGUAUUCUUUGUCUGUAUAUGUUAUUCAGGAUAUAAUUCGGGUAAAAAAUCAGUGUAAUGGGAAACAUUACGGGAAUAUUAUCCAAUAAUUUUGCGCAUGCGCAAGCAGUCAGUAGCAGGCCUAAUUGUUUAGGCCUUGUGAAGGAGGCUAGACCAGAUACAUGCAAUGUAGAGUGUUUAAACUUAAUUUACUCCAUUAAUGACUCUUUACCAGCUUUGAUCAUCAUUCACAUAGUUCAUAAUUAAGUUGCUCCAUUAAUGAUCUUUACCAGCUUAGCUCAGUCUUGAAUUGCAUAACACACAAUGAUUUUGCUUGUCAGCAUGGAAUACGAUACACUCAGGGGAAUUUUAAGGGGAAUUAAUAUCCAAUGGCUUUAUAAGCUUACAACAGGUUACAUUAAACCAUUCACUGUGAUUGUUGACUAGCAAGAAUAUUAAACAUAGCCACUCAAAAUGACUCAAGCUACUGACUACACUAAGCUGACACUCUCUGAUAGGGAGAACACUAGCAAUGGAGAGCUGGAUCGUGUCACUUUUGUAAUGGAAGACAAGGGAUCUGAACAAAAAGAACAGAAAUCAAAGUGGAAGAAAUUUGCACUGGACAAGGUGCAUAAUCUUAAGCAAGCUGGAAUUGCUAUUGUGUUAGGCCUAGGAUUCAUCUUGCUAAUCGUAAGGAGUGAAGUCUCGUCACAUGAAGCGCACGUUAGUUUGAAAGAAACGAUUGUGAAAGCAAAUACUACUCAAGCAAUUGAAAAUGAUGCAAUGAGGCUUGAAAUGGAAGCUUUGAGAGAACACCAAAAGCAGACUGAUGUGAAGUAUGAGCGAAUGUUGCUAAUGGUAACCGAGCUUAAACAGCAACAAAACUCAACUGUGAUGAAUCUGACAAUGCAUAUCGACAAAUCGAUUAAUUCUCUUGACCAAAAACUUACAGAAAUUCACAACAGUACUCGAGCCAAAGUCAGCGAACUCUCCAAACAAAUGGAGCUGGGUCUUGCCGCAGUGGAGGAAAAAAUCCAAAAACAGACUGAUGCAAAGUUUGAGCUGUUGAUAAAUGAAAUUAAACAGCAACAAAAUUCAACUGUGAUGAAUCUGACAAUGCAUAUCGACAAAUUAAUUGAUUCUCUUGACCAAAAACUUACUGAAACUCACAAUAAAACUGAAGCCAAAGUCAGCAAACUCUCCACUAAAAGCAAGCAAAUGGAACUGACUCUUACCUCAGCGAAGGACAAAAUACAAUCGCUUACGACUGGUUUUAAAGAACUGAAAGUCAAAACUCGAGAAAAUGGUGUUUUGCUUCAAGAGCUGAAAACACAGGUGGUUAAUGAUGAAACUCGACUUGAAGCCAUUGUCAAAAGAGUAGACAAAUUGAAAUCAGAGAAAUCAGUGACUGACAAAGAGCUCAGAAAGAACAUCGUUGAUCUUUCCAAGAAAGUGAGCAGAACAGAACAGAACACGAAAGACAUUUACGAUCGAAUUGAAAAGUUGAAUAAACAGAAUACACAUUUCGCUACGAGUAUUGAUAGUCAAAACAGAGAGAUCAAUACAAUUAGAGCAAAAAUUGAGUCACAAGGUAAGCGUCUUGAUUAUCAUGAUAGGAAAGUAACACAGAUUGAGGGAAAGCAAGUCUCCCUAACAAAGCAAACUAAUGCACAUGACCAAAGAUUCAAUAGACUACUAGAAAGUGUUCGGUCCUCAGGGUCUAGAGACACUGGAAGCACUUUUAUAAUUGCAUUAUUUACUUCGUGUUGUUUAUUGUUAACUAAGUAUUUUGACUUAUAAUCAUGUGCCCCAAUUAACUUUAUGUCUGCUGUGUAUAAGUUGCAAUGUGACUAUUAACUUUCA